AUCUGCUUUCCACCAGCUGCCGCAACUUUCCACCAGGAGGGAGCUCUCAUCAAGAUCAUCGGUUCGAUACGUGAAGUCAGUCUUGCAACAAUGAGAUCCAUAGGCAGGCGCUUGUCGGCAGUCAUGGGCCGGCUCAGAGAUGUGGUCUGUCGAGUUGACGAAAAGAUCAACACCUCGACCUUUGGACGAAUCUUUCGUCUGAGAGGCUGCGGUCACGAGGACGAGAUUCAAGAUGCGACAUUCUCGAGGGAGUUUCGAGCUGGCCUGACCACCUUCGCCACAAUGUCAUACAUCAUUGCUGUCAAUGCGCAUAUCUUGGCAGACACCGGCGCCAACUGUGUCUGCAAGGACCAAACGAAUCUUGGCCUCUGCUCCAAUGAGACCGAAUACUUGAUUUGUCAGAAUGAAGUCAGGCGUGAUCUUGUCACAGCGACCGCCGCUGUCGCCGGGUUCUCCAGCAUCCUUUUCGGAUUUCUCACCAAUCUUCCAGUCGCGUUAGCACCGGGAAUGGGCCUCAACGCCUACUUCACGUACCAAGUCGUCGGCGUUCGAGGCACUGGAUCAAUCCCCUACGGCCUCGCUCUGACAGCUGUAUUCGUCGAAGGCUUCAUCUUCAUCCUGCUCGCAAUUACCGGCAUGCGACACUGGCUAGUCAAGAUAGUACCAGGCACCCUCAAGACCGCGUCCGGAGUUGGUAUCGGAUUGUUCCUCACUCUCGUAGGAAUGUCUUAUGGCAACGGCAUUGGUCUUGUAACUGGCAGCGUGUCAACCCCCUUAGCGAUCGGUGGCUGCCCGCCCGAGGAUCUGAACCGUGGCGAAUGUCCCAAUAAUAUCAUGCAGAGCCACAAAAUGUGGCUCGGAAUCUUUGGAGGACUUCUUACGGCCUGGCUCAUGGCUUUCCGAGUCAAGUCAGCAAUCAUCAUUGGCAUUGCCAUUGUAUCGAUUCUCUCAUGGCCGCGCAACACCUCACUCACAUACUUCCCUCACACGGAGGAAGGAAACUCUCGAUUCGAGUUCUUCAAAAAGAUUGCUGAUUUCCAUCCGAUCCAGCACACUCUUGGAGCCCAGGAAUGGGAUUUGUCAGGAAGCAGCGGCGCAAAGUUUGCCAUUGCCGUCUUUACCUUUCUAUAUGUGGACAUCAUAGACUGCACCGCCACCCUGUAUUCCAUGGCGCGUUUCUGCAACAAGGUUGACGAAAAGGACGGAGAUUUCCCUCGUUCAACAUUGGCAUACUGUACCGACGCCGCCUGCAUAUCGUUUGGAUCCCUGCUUGGAUGCUCUCCUGUGACAGUCUUUGUCGAGAGCGGGGCGGGAAUCGCAGAAGGCGGACGAACGGGCCUGACAGCAAUCGUUACCGGCAUCUGCUUCCUUGUGUCGAUUUUCUUUGCGCCAAUCUUUGCGUCUAUCCCACCCUGGGCAACAGGAUGCACCUUGAUUCUGGUACGUGACACAGAGUUCCAGGCUAAUUCGGUCACAGUUUGGUCACGAAAUGACGCUCACAUCACCUCACAGGUCGGCUGUCUGAUGAUCCGUCAGGUUGUCGCUGUCAACUGGGGUUACAUAGGCGAUGCUCUUCCGUCGUUUGUCACUAUCUGCUUCAUCCCAUUCAGCUACAGCGUGGCUUAUGGUCUCAUUGCAGGCAUAUUCGUAUAUACGGUGAUCAACUCUCUCAUUUGGAUCGUCAUGUUCGUGAGUGGCGGCGAGCUAGAGCCUUGGGAAUACAACCGCAAGGAGUACUGGACCUGGAAGCCUGCGGGGAGAAAGCCAUGGCUUUUCCGGGUCUUCACCAAAGGCCAAUACUGGGCAGAGGAACGUCUUCAUCUCAAGAAAGACGGCUCGGAUGUACGAUCAAUCCAGCGUCAUUCUGCAACCGAAUCCGAAGAAAAGCCACUCGAAGACCGUUUCUCGGCUGCCUCGGUGUCGAUGCCACCUCGCGCUGCACUGAUGUAG